AUGAAGACCAACCGCAUGAAGAUAACGGUGACACCCGACACCCGAGUCGCAGAGAUCUACUCGUCGCCAAACGCUGUCACACCAGAGAUUGGACCGUGUGGCGGACUCUCGCUCACCUACUACUCUAUGUGCGACUACAUGAACGUCCAGCCAAUCUCCGAGGUAUCUUGGCAAAUCGAAUACAUUCUGGCCGGUACCGAUUGCAAGGAGUUUGACUAUGGAUUCUUCUUCAAGAAAGACAGACUCAUCACUGGAGAUGCCAGACCACUGAUGGCUGCGCUAGCCAUAAACUCAUGGUUUACCUCAUUCAUCAUAAAAGGCAUUAAACUAACAAAUGAAUGUAUUGGAUCGAUUAUAAGUUUAUUACAACAAUCUACAUCAUUUGAGAAAGUGGUGCUAAAUGGAAUUGGAAUGGAUCGUUCAGCUUGUGAGAAACUAAUUGAUGCAAUCGUUGGAAACAAAACAUUACCAUUGAAGGAAUUGGAUCUUGGAAAUAAUCAAAUUGAAGAUAAAGGUAUGAUUGCAAUUGCAGAUAUGUUAAAGAAUAUGCAGUUUCCUUUGACCUCUUUGAUAUUGGGUGGUUGUUCGGUUGGACGAUCUGCAAUGUCGUCGCUGGGAGAUGCGCUUGGUGUAAGUGAGUCUGCCAUUCAGCAUCUCAGAUAUUUGGAUAUUGGUGGAAACAAGUUGGAAUCAGAGGGAUCCAGUGCAAUUUCAAACUUUCUGGUGAAAUCAAAACGCAGUAAAACUAGAUCGACCGCAAUCGAAUCGAUUAUCAACCUGAUCGAGAAGAAGUCGCGUACCUACAAUGCCAUCAAGACACUCGUCCUGCAGGGUGGAUCCAAGUCACAACUCAAGGGUGAUUUACUGCCCAUUAUCUGCUCGCUAUUCUACAACUCAACGCUGAAAGAACUCGAUAUCAGUGGACACUCAAUUGGCGACGUCGGUGCCGCCGCACUCGGAAAGCUACUCCAAUCGAAUUUCGCACUGGAGAAACUCGAGUGGGACGACAACUCGACGACACUAUACGGACUCAAUCUCUUCAAGGUCGGAUUGUCGCGUAACAAUACACUCUCAAACAUGCCGAUUCCAAUGAGAGAUAUUGCUGCACACGUAAAGAGCGAUGCUCAAUCGAUCACACGGAUCAGCGAUCUCGUUGGUGAAAUUCAACAGAUCCUACUCGACAACACAACCAAAUCGGCAACCGCUGCUGCUGCGGCAUCGGCAUCGACCACUCCGCGCCACUCUGUUUCCUCCGGCACACUAUCACCCACCAAGUCAAGAACUUCAUCAACCCCACCAUUUACAAUCGAUCCAAAGACAACCACUGCAACAUGUGCAGGUCUUACAUCAUAUAAUAUCAUAAACGACUCUGAAUUGGUUGAGCCACUUGCAAAUCUUGUUGUAAAAUAA